UGGCCCUCUCGGCCGCCGCUUCUUCUUCUUCUUCUUCUUCUUCUUCUUCUUCUUCUUCUUCUUCUUCUUCUUCGUUUUAUCCUUGGCCUCCGGGGGCGUCUUGCUGUCGACCGGGGCGGGCGCAGCCGAGGGGCGCCGGGCAGACACGGGUGGGGAGUCCGACACAGGCGGCCAUAUUUGGAUACUACAUCAGAAGUCUGGAAUCUGUACCUGGUCCAGAUUCUGUACCUGGUCCAGAUUCUAGGCAAAAGGGUUUUCAUCAUCCCAGAGCCGGGGGAACAUGGUGCUGGUCAGUACGGACACGUUCCUGGCCAAGGUGGCGGAGUUCUACGCGGAGGCGCAGGGCUCCAAGGGCUCCGUGGCCAUCUCCUGCAAGAGCGGUGCGUCCUGCUACAGUAGUGCGACACUCGUCCCCUGCAAUGCGCUGACAUGUUGUUGUGGUGACAUGAUGGAUGCAGUGCCCGUGGCCAAAGUGAACAGCAAAGCGCAGCAGCAGAUCCACAAGCUCACGGUGGAGGAUGGAGACAACGCGCUGCUCUUCCGCGCCUGCCAGUACGGCAACAACAAGCACAAGAAGAAAUACAGCACGGUGGUACGCACGGACUGCGCAGAGGGGAUGGAUGGAUAUGUGUGUAGCUCUCCUCGACUGACUCGACUUGUGCUGCAGGUGACGGCUGUGAACCACGCGUCGUUCCACGCGUCCCUGAACCAGAUUGUCAAGACGAAGGUGGACGCGUUGGCCAAGGACGUGCUCGGCAAGGGCGCCAAGCGUGUGGUGGCCAAGGUCAAGAAGACCACGGAAUAGAUAGAAGACAGUCAGGCAGGCAGGCAGGAGGGAGGGAGUGACGAAGGAGUCCAAAUGGAAGAGUUCUGGUGAUUACAAAGCUACAGGAGGAGCGGGGGGGGGAUGCACUUAGUUGUAUCGUCCCGAGAUGCAGAUACUUCUACUUUCUUCUUCUACCUCUAUCACUGCGUGGACGCCGGGGAGGCGUCGACGAUUUGGUCCUCGUCAGCCUGCAAGUACGUGUUGAAGGCUGGCAGCUCGUCGAUGAGGCUCAUGUCCCCCAGCACGUCGCCUAAAUAGUGAUUCCGUCGCGAUGUCCGUCGCCGACCUUCUUGCAGGCCGGUGCUGAACAGCAAGCGCCCCACCAUCGGCAUGUAGUCGAGCGCGAAGCGUGGCUCCAAGUUCCCGCAGCUACGUUUGAACAGGUGCAAGACAGAGUGAGGUGACAUAGCUGCAGGGUCGAGCAGUGAAACGAGGAACGCACCCUUUGUAGGCCAGUGGCAGCUCGAACUUAGGCUUCAGCUGUGCCAGCGCUGACUGGUGAGCACGUCGACGCGAGGCUUCUAGCGCGCUGUCCAGUGUCCGCUGCACGCACACAGAGGCGCUAGGCCCCGGUCCUCGUCUUAGCGACGCACCGAGUGGGUUAGCCAAAGAUCCUAGCAUGUGUAGACUGGAUCGUCUGAGCUCCAGAGCAGCCGAUUGCUCGCGUUCGCUGAGGAAGAACAAGUCCUGCCAGCAAGAAGACAUCGUUAGACACGAUGCACGCGGACGAUCAAACUACAUACCCAACUCCUCUCU